AUGGCACCAGAAGACACUACCAUGGGCAAUACCAACUCCGCCGAUGACGCUCUUGCUACAUUCCUUGCUUCAGAGCAAGACACAUCCAACAAAAGAAGCGCAUCCGAGACAGGACCGACAAAUGGGCCCCCGACCAAGAAGAGAAGCACCAAAUGGUGCAAUGCCAACCAGGCCGGAGGGGCCCAACAUAUUGCUGAUUCUCUGAUAACUGUUCAGUGUCUAUUCUUCUGCGAUCCGCCUGAUGUUCCUCUUAACAACCUAAAAGCCGAUGUCGCUGAGCUCAAGGGAGCACAGGUUGUCGCUGACUCAGUCGCUGAAGGUGCCCAGAAGUCUGCGAUUACAGCAAACAAUAAAAUCAAGGAGUUGGAAAAGUUGCAAAAGCCUAACAAACGGGUUGACAAUCUCUCUCAUAUCAUCGAAUUCGUUUGUAAACGAGUUAAGCAACUCUGA